CUGCGCGGGUGCGUGAGUACCAAGUAUAAUUUCUUCAGUUUGUUGGAGAGAGGCAAGUUUUAGAGAGUGAAAGACGAGAGUGUUACAGAGAAGCCACGAGAGAGAAACAGAGAAACCAUAAAUGGUGUUUUCAGAGAGAGAGAGAGAGAGAGAGAGUAUGAAUGGUGGUAAUUUUCGACUCUCGGUCUCCUCCUUGUAACCCUUGUUUGAAGGAUUGUACUCUUUAUUGAUGAUCAUAUAAUAAUCCAUAUAUGAUCAUAGAAAAUUAAAUAUAUUUUCUCUCUCAUCCCGCAACCUACGAUGGUAGAGAGAAGGAAGCCUCUGCUACUUUCCACCACCAAGGAAAUUCGUGAUUCCUUAGUUUCUCUGGGGAUUUCUAGAGAGAGAGAGAAUGGCGAAUCCCCUGAUGCUUUCUCUAAUUUCAACAAUUGUUCGCCUCUGCAUAUUGGUGCUGGAAUCCUUCGGGUCUCUGAAGAUUGGCAUGGCUCCAACAAUGGGGUUUUUGAUGAUUCUUCAAUGGUGGGGGUCUCUGCAUCAGUCUUGAAGAAGUUGUCUCUCACAUCCGGCUCACUGGUUGCUGUCAAAAGUGUUUGGACAAAUAUUGGGAGAAUUGCUAGAGUCGUUGUACUAGACCCUCCCAAUUCUAAGCGAGAGGAAUGCAUCGACUCACCCAAAUCCUUACCUUCUCAAUGUGUGAUGGCCAUCUUGCCUUCUCAUCCUUUCCCUUCCAAAAAUCUUCACCUUAUAGACCACCAAACUGCAUACUUGACCCCACUCUUAGCUUUUAACAUUGGCUUGCAGAAAGUAUGUCUAAAUGUUCUCAUUCAUGGUGGUCAAGACCUUUUGGGGUCUUUAUUUGAAGAGGAUGACACUUCCAUAGUGUCUCCUCAGUCCACUGUCUACGUUGAACUCAGUCCGUACAUGUUUGAUGCUUAUCGGAGGAACCCAGUAAACAUGGGUGAUUAUCAAUGUCUCCCUAGAUUUGCCUCACACUUGAGAGUUUCCUUUGUUAAGAUUCCUGAAUGUGGAAUUCUAAAUUCUCUAAGGUGUAACUCUUCAAUUGAAGCUGAAACUCGCCAAGAAUUGAUCGACAAGGCUUUGCAGAGUUACUUUAAAGUUGAUAGAUUUCUUGCGAAAGACGAUGUUAUCUCUGUAUCCAUUAAUUGGAAUUGCAAUUCGGUGCUGUGCAUUGCUUGUUCCAGGAAGACUAAUGGGAGAUCUAAAGAUGAGAGAAUCUAUUUCAAGGUUAUCUCAAUGGAGCCAUUAUAUGAAGAAAUUCUUCGUGUUAAUUGCCAUCAAACAGCUCUUGUGCUUGGUGGGAGUGUGGCUUCCUCGAUCCCCCCUGAUUCUAUGCUUGGUGUUAAGAAAGGGUUCGUGCCUUUGCAUGGAGACGUUGUGAAGGUUUUGGCCUCUAUCGUGACUCCCUCAUUAUGCCCAUCUGUCCUUACAGCAAAGUUCAAGACAACCAUCCUAUUACAUGGUCCUCAAGGUUGUGGAAAGCGGACAAUAGUUAGAUAUGUUGCUCGCUGCUUGGGCCUUCAUGUUGUAGAAUAUAGUUGCCAUGAUUUUGUUGGAUCUACAGAAAGAAAGACAUCUGUUGCACUUGCUCAUGCCUUCAGAGCAGCUCAAAGAUACUCGCCCUCAAUUCUUCUUUUGCGCCGUUUUGAUGCAUUUGGUACUCUAUCCUCGGAUGGAGGUGGGUCAUCUGAUAAAGUUGGGGUAAUCUCUGAUGUUGCAUCUGUUAUACGAGAAUUUACUGAGUUUAACCUCAGAGUCGAAGAUUAUUCAUCUGGAGAUGAAUCAGAUGUUGGUUAUGGUUUUGCGGAAGCUGAAAGGAUUAGCCAGAACAGUGUACUACUGGUUGCGAUUGCUGACACUACCGAAGGUCUGGCUCAAUCGAUUAGGCGUUGCUUCAGCCAUGAAAUAGCUGUGGGAAGUUUAAGUGAGGCACAAAGAGUUAAAAUGAUCUCUCAGUCGCUACAAAGUGUUGUCAAAGAUGCUUCUCAUAAUGAUAUUGAUGAGGUUGUAAAGGAUGUUGUCGGACAAACAUCUGGUUUUCUGCCUAGGGAUGUUAGAGCUCUGGUUGCUGAUGCUGGAGCGAAUUUGAUUCCUAGGCUUCAUAAGGAGAUGGACAGAGUCGAUACAGAAGUAGUUGAUGAUGGCCCCUCUGUACUAUUUAAGUAUGAACUGGAUAGUAGUUCUGGCAAGGAUGCUGAUCAGUGUUUGGGUAAAGAAGACCUGUUGAAAGCUUUGGAUAGAUGCAAGAAGAGGAGUGCAUCUGAAUUGGGUACUCCAAAAGUUCCCAAUGUAAAAUGGGAAGAUGUUGGUGGGCUGGAGGACGUGAAAAAGUCAAUCCUGGACACUGUACAGUUACCUCUCAUGCACAAAGAUUUAUUCUCGUCUGGGUUGCGCAAGAGGUCUGGUGUACUUCUCUAUGGUCCUCCUGGUACUGGUAAGACAUUGCUGGCCAAGGCUGUAGCGACCGAAUGUUCUUUGAAUUUUUUGAGUGUGAAGGGUCCGGAACUGAUCAACAUGUACAUAGGAGAAUCGGAGAAAAAUGUUCGAGACAUUUUUCAAAAGGCUAGGUCGGCACGGCCAUGUGUAAUUUUCUUUGAUGAGCUUGAUGCUCUUGCUCCUGCUCGGGGGGCUUCUGGGGACUCUGGUGGUGUCAUGGACAGAGUGGUUUCUCAGAUGCUCGCAGAAAUUGAUGGUUUAAAUGAAGCUACACAGGAUUUGUUUAUUAUAGGGGCAAGUAACAGGCCUGAUCUUAUUGACCCGGCACUUCUUCGCCCCGGUCGGUUUGAUAAGUUGCUAUAUGUCGGAGUAAACUCUGAAUCCUCUUACAGGGAGAGGGUUCUUGGUGCACUUACUCGGAAAUUUAAAUUUCAUGAGAAUGUGUCUCUAUUGACAAUUGCUAAGAAAUGCCCUGCCAACUUUACCGGUGCGGAUAUGUAUGCAUUAUGUGCAGAUGCUUGGUUUCAUGCUGCCAAGCGCCAGGCAUCAGUUCAACAUUCAGAGUCUGCCAGUAUGGUCGGCGUUGCAAAUUCGGUUAUUGUGGAACUCGAUGAUUUUAUAAAGGUACUAGGAGAGCUAUCCCCAUCUCUAUCCAUGGCUGAACUCCAGAAAUAUGAAAGGCUGAGGAAUCAGUUUCAAGGUACUUCAAGAUAAACUAAUAAUUUAGUGACAGUAUAAGAGAAAAAAUAUUGAUGGUAGUUGUACAUGUAUCUGCAUAGAAAAUAUUGGUAUUCUGCCUUAUCAGGAAAUAAAAAUUGAGUCUCUCCCAUCGCUAUUCACA